UUUCUUUCUCUGUUUGCUACCUGAUGAAACCGUUUCUUGCAGUGGAAGCAACCAUGGACGCGAACCGUUCCAGAAGGCUCAACUUCAACGCUCGACUCUUGUCGACAAAACGCCAUGUCGGGGAAGAAAAGGAUGUUCUAGAAGCUUCUUCUGGAUCUGAGGGGAUCCCUUUUUGUUGGGAAACGGUUCCUGGAUUGCCCAAAAACUUGUCUCUCAAGAAAGACGACGGUCUCACCCUCGAAUCCGACACUCCCCGCCUUAAACUCCCCCCUGGGAGACUGAAGGUAAAGGUUAAUGGCGAAGAAAACGGAAGAAACAAAACGGACAACAGAGAAGCCAUGACAGCAGCUAACUUGUGUCUGAAGACUCCCGAAGAAACUCAACAGAACAAUCUCGAAGGUUCGAACCAAGACGCAGUGGAAGUGCUGUCACUGACACAAGCCAUAGACAUGGUCGAACACCAGACGAACCCUAAAAGCGGCGGGUCAGGUUAUUCCAACGGCUACUUCACCGUCGAUACCACCGGACACAGCAGCGACUUGUCCGAUCCCAGUUAUAUCAUCGAGCGGUUUCUGCCAGACGCGGCGGCUCUGGCCGCGGUGACAUCAUCGGCGGCUAAGAAACCCACGAGCAAGAACAACAGCAGCAGCAGGUUCGGAAAUCUAUGGAGCGGUCAGAGCAAGCGUUCUGCGUUUGCGUUUGCGUCUCCGUCGCCGAAAGGGUGUGGGUUGCAUGUGUUGUUGCCGACGACGUGGGGGGCUAGGCACAGGAUCUGCGGCAUGAAAACUGCGUUUUCUCCUUGCUCCCACAUCGAUUUGCAACCCAGAUUCGCUCCAAAAGAGAAGUAGUCAGAGAUAUGUAAUUAGAAAGUCUG